UAAAAAUAGACUACAGUGUAGCACACCUCACCGUCUGAACACUGUGAUGCCCCGUAGCCUGAGAGCGAUCGAGUCAGACAGACAGCCCAUUUUGUUCAAGACGGCUGGAAUAUGACAGAGUGUAGCAUUGCAGCCGUGGCUCUGGUGCUGCUGUCUCUGGCCUUGCUGAUCUCUUUGUGCGUCAAUGUCAUCUUCUGCAUCAGACGAAGAGCCAGUUUGUGCAUAGAUGAUGAGUGCUGCAACCCACACAUGUUUGAAGGAGAAAGCCCUUCACAGGAUGAAGGGCAUUAUUUUCAUAACCUUAAUCAUGACGAGCAGCAGGAAAAUCCCCACAAUCAUCACGAGCAAGAGGAAAAUCCAAUCUACGGCAACAUCAGCACAGACAGAAGGGUUUCUGUGGAGGUUUUCUAUGAGAUGAUGACCAUGCAACACACAAGAGAUCGCAUGAAGUCUCUAGAGCCUGACCUGAAUUAUGCCUCACUGGAUCUGAAGGUGGCAAACAAACACAAGAAGAAGCAUCGGCAUCAGCAAGGCCACACUCAGGGACGACACAAACCACAAGAUCAGCUGCCAGCCCGCCUCACACCCCCCGUGAAUGCCUUCUUGGAGGUGGAAGCAGACAUGGAUUGUCAGCUUCCUUCCAGAGACACCAGCACCAUGGUUUCACACAGCAGCAUUUACCUGAAUAGUCAACAGAUAGCUCAAGAGACAGAGGACAUGGAAAGGGAGAGGGGUAUAAACAUGGAGAGGGAGAACGUGGGCUGCGAAGGGAUAAGAAGGCAGGAGGAUGGCGGAGGGAGAGAGUGGACAGGAGGGCAAGAGAGCGAGGAAAGAAAAGAUAGACGUGAUUGUAGUAAUGGGAGUGUAUGCACACAGCUGUCGGAUGUAGAGGCUGUUCAGAGUGGCACAGAUCAUUUCAUCAGCAGCUUCAGCCAUGACUGUGUCCAAUAAGAUUAGGCAGACUUCAUACUUAGACUGUUUUCCUAUUUCAAACUGUUCCGAGUAGUUUGAAUAGGCCACCUGAAAAUGCCAAUAAAAGUCCAUUACUGCGCCUGUGAGAAUGAAAACUGCUGUUUGUCAUAUUCAGUAUUCAACGAGCAUUGCACGGUUGAGCAAUUUCCUCUGUGAUGCAGACAAAGUACCUCUUGAACUCUCCACAUUGAGCAACUCAGGAACAAAAGGCGCACCUUUCUGUGCACAGAGGAUGUAAUAAACGCUGAGGAUAUAAAGAGAAAAGGAAACUCUGUGUGUGACAUUUAGAGGUCAAGGGCCACGUGGAAAUUUUUUUUCUUUCUUUUCAUUUGUUGCAAAAGACAAGGAAAACAUCAAAUCAUCACAGGACAUGGAAGAUCUCUCACUGUUUUGGUGUCUCAUACAUCUGUAGACGUCUCGUAGAAAAGUGUGAAGGGAGGGGGGGGGAUCUUUACAUUUUUUUUUCCAUGCUGUAGGCGAUGGCCAGGCCUCGUGAGCUGAAUAAAUGUACUUGCCCAGACGCAGGUGAAUCUGCUUUUCAGUCAUGUAGCGCCGAAGAUAACAUUAACAUAAAGAUGAAAUUAAAGGAAAGAAAGCAAAAAGGGGAAAGCUAUAAAUAAUAAUGUCAUUUCCCUUCCCCUGUGGGCACGUUGUAAUGUAAAUGUCACCCACAGAGGAUUUUCGACGUCAGAGUUAUGAUAAUGGUCAUUAGCUUUAUAAUCUAGCGCACUUAUGAGCUAACGCGCCAUCUGCUUAAAUGAUUAUUUCCCUCUCUCUGUAAUCCCCACUCAGGAAGGAUAAUUUACUGGCCUGCUUUCUGCUGAGGGGACUGAGCUCUGAAGUGAAGUCAGCAGUCAGAGGCCUGCAGCCCACUAACUGUUUGUUGACAGUUUUUCAAUAGCUGACUGUGGCCUACUUCCCCUCUAUGGAUUAAUUUUUGGCCUCAGGCGUUUUGGAUCUAACUGACAGAGAGUACAGAGAAGCUACAUAAAGGGACACGCACAUAGCAGGGCACUUUAGGAACUCUGUGUGACAAAACCUGGUAAAUAUUUGUCUUUCAUUAUAUGCCGGCACUCAAUCUCUGUCACAUUAGAGCUGUGAUUAGUAGCACUUUCACAAACAAAGAGCGAGACAAUAAGACACGGAUUUAGAAUAGUUUAAUGCGUAUUUUGGACGGAGGAGAGCUGAGGUGAUGAAGGCGGGCUGUAUAAGGGUCUGGAAGGAGAAG